AUGGCGCCGAAGGCACACCACUGCCUGGACUGGCUUUCCGAAGCGACGGCCAGUCUGGUGCUGGUACGACACGACGACGAGGAGUUGGAAGAGCUGCGCGAGGACUUGCUAAAGCGACGUGACACUGCCAUCGUUGCUUGUGCUGUGGAGAUCUUGGUCUCAGUGGCCAGCAUGGCAUUGUACGACAUCAGGAGGAGCAUCAUUGUUCCGAUCGCCAACAGCGUCCUGGCCGUCCUGGCAAGCUAUGGCCUCGUUGGGGCACUGUUGCUUCAGCUGCCAAAGAUCCAGGUCCAUGGUGUAGUCACAACCGGCUUGCUCAUCGCUUGCUUGGUGAACUUCCUCUGUGAGGCGCUUCUCACCCACGCGGGGCUUGGCACGGACACCCUGCCGGGAUGGCUGGUGCUCUUGUUCCUCUUUGUCCCAUACAGCAUCAACCUGGCGUGCUCCAUUUUGAGCCUGAUGCUGGGCCAGCGGCUGUCAGAGUUUCUCGACCUCGAGGAUGACAAAAGCGGGCUCUUGAGUGAUGCUGGCCUUGCUGAACAGGCACAGCUGGUAGCCGGUGAGGAACGUUGCUGCGCCUGCAUGGAGCGCAGAAAGGAUGCAGUCAUCACUCCGUGCGGCCACCGGGCAGUUUGCAUGAGCUGUGCGACGAUCUUGAAGGCGCGAGGCCGCAAGUGUCCGAUUUGUCGCCAGACAAUUGAUCAGGUGAUCCGAGUCUUUGAUUCCUGA